GCUCGCAAGCCUCCCGGCACGUGUCAGCCUCGGAAGGAACACAUGCGACGCCAGCCACCAACUUCUAGCGAAGCGUAUCUAAUAGGGGACUUGUUCAGCUGUCACCUAUAUAGUCUCUGACAUUCUCCCUUGUGGUCUCCAACAGUUUCAAUUUUUCCUCGCACUCCGAUCCUCAGUUCGCAGCGUUGUGAUCAACCCGAUAUCAUCUACACCGUCUUAUCCCCCACCUCCCCGCAUUCUUAGUUCUACCACAUCAAAAUGGCUGCUCCCGCCGAUACCACGAUCAAGAACCUCAAUGGUUCAUGGGUGAUGGACUCUACCCUUUCCGACCCUGCUGAUCCCCUCCUGGCUCUGCAAGGCAUGAGCUGGUUCCUCCGCAAGGCCCUCCCCUAUGCCACCGUCACCCUGCAUGUGAGCGAGUACGCAGACUCCACAAACCCGCAAGUCUACCACAUCGACGUCGACCAGGUCAUCACCGGCGGCAUCACAGGCAGCAAGGAGGCUCGCCAGCUUGACUGGCAAGAGCGCGAGCACGUCGACAACAUCUUCGGCACCCUGCGAGGCAAGUCUCGCUUCCUCCGCGGCUCCAAGGCCGAUGACGGCAAGGUCCGGCCCGCGGUCGACUUCCAGACCAAGGUUGGCGAUGCCGAGAAAGAUGCCAAGGUUCAGCGCUUCCUGCGUGGUGAGGUCCUUCUCGACGGCGCUGCUACUGAGGGUUUCGUCGUUGAUGAGGAGGGUGCCGAGUUUGGUGAGGGUGAGGGUCUCUGGAUGCAGAGCUUUGUUGUGAAUGAGCAGAAGGGUUGGACUGCUGAGCAGAUCUGGGGCUUCGAGGUUGUUGACGGUCAGCGCCGCCACACCCGCCGUGUUGCCGUGACCAAGGGUAGCCAGGUCGAGUUGUCUCGUCUGGUCUACAAGUUUGAGGGACCCAAGCCCGAGUAAAGAGUUGGAAGUAAAGGGUUGGAAUGAAUUGAGAUGAUAUCAUUAUUGCACGGGCUUCGUGAGACCCAAUUGUUGCUGCAUAGUUUCGCAUAGGUAGAACAACACAGUUGCUG